AUGAAAAACUUCGGUAAAGAGAUUGAACAGUUGGUCCUCGAGUGGGAACGCAAUGUUCGAGCUAAACACAAGAGCGACGUUCUUUAUGUUGAUGAUCCUCUACUCGUUAUUGAGUGGAAUGAAACCGGUCUUCAGCAAAGAGGAAUCCAGAAGAUUGCAAUGCUCAAUAGGUGUCCACUCAUUCCCUGCUCAAGAUUUCUCCGUGUCGAAUCUCUUUUUUUCGUUGUAAAAACUGGUAGCGUUGGAGCAUUACAAAGAAUCCAAUUUAUUAUCAAUGUCUUACAAGAUACAUAUUUGCAACGGCAUGUUCCAACAUUAGGUCGAAUAUACCAAAUGGUGGCUCAAAAAAACAAUAUGUUAUGGAAGUUGUCGAAUUUAAUAAGGUGUUUAAUAUUUGAUUACACAAUGUAG